AUGUUGCCCACCUAUUUGAGGGGAGGUUGUCCGUGCUUCCCUUCGCUAAAUCCUCCAGCGACUUUCACUUCUUUCCUCGCAAACUUCUGCCACCGUCUUGCACAUCUCUCGUUGAUGGAUUUGCAGCUUUCGGCAGCUCAGUUUUCUCUUCUUCUGUGUGCGCCGCGCAAAGUCUACGAGUUUGCCAGUAUUCGGAAAAAGCAGAAGAACUACUACGCGAGAGACGACCCAGGGUUCCUUCUUCUCCUCUUUUCGUUUUCCCUGGCGACUGGCAUCGUGUAUGCGCUCGCCUUCUCGCACUCGGCUCUAGGCGGCGUUUUCACUGCGUUCGCUCCUCCGGUCUAUUUGCUGCUUUCGGCGCUGGUCAUCCCGCCUUCCCACUAUCUCUUCCUUCUCUGUCGCCGCCGUUCUUCAGAUAGCCCAGCAUCGCGCAGCUCCCCCCCCGGCAGCAGUGCCUCUUCUGCCCGAUCGCGUGAGCGGCGGAGUUUGUCUUCAUCGCCUGCAUGCGCGUGUCCCGAGUUCCUCUUUUGCUUUGAUGUUCACUGGAACGCGUCAUUCUUGUACCUCGUCUUCGGCCUCGUCCUCUACUUCGUUCUCUUUCCUCUUAUCCGCCUUCUUCCGUCCUCGCUUGACUGCUUCUUCUCAAACGCCAUACAGGUCGCGGCCGUUGCCGCGUACUGCUACAUCACGGCCCUGGGGUUUGCGAGUCUCGGCUUUUCAGAUUCGCCGGUUCCGUUCUCUCUGCCUGCCCUCGUCUUUUUUGUUUUUGCCCUGGUCGCUACGGCCUCUUCUGUCAACCUCGGAGAAGCUGUCAUUCGUGUGCUUCUCUACUUCCAGGGCCACGCCAUCGUGCCUACAGCGCAGCGAGCCGAAAUGACGGCAUUUGCCGUGGGUGAUUUUAGCAUAUCCACCGUUCCGCCAGCGGCGUCCUAA